UCUUAUUUUCGUAAAAAGUAAAAUGAGUAAGAAUUUGUUUGAGGACUCCGACGAUGGCAGCGAUAAUAAGGAUUUCCAACUCGACACUAAUAAGGAAUAUGCUAAAAUUUAUAAUAAUUUAAGGAAGAAAGAGUUGGUUAAGAAGUUUAAAGAUAAUGAUUUGAAGGCUAACGACAACGAUACUAGCACCGAUUCUAGUGAUUCUUCGGAAGAGGAUGACAUUUCAGAUCCUGGCUUUGAUCGAGAAUUUUUUAAGACUUUAGCCUCCUUAAAAAGCAAAGAUCCUUCCAUAUACGACAAAAAUACAAAAUUUUUUCAAAAUUUGAGCGAUGGCGAUAAUAAUUCGGAUGACAGUAAAGACGAUGUCACGAAUAAGAAAGGAAAAUGUAAAAAACCGAAACCUGUAACUGUAAAAGAUUAUGAAAGGAACAUACUUUUGGAAAAGAGCGGAAAAUUUGAAGACGAUCCGGACGAAGAGGACUCCGCAGAGACCCAAAAAGAAAAACGUGCCUAUUCUCCGUCUGCGGUUGAGGAAGAGAGGCAUUUAAAGGAUGAAUUUCGUAAAGUAAUGGCUGAAGAAGAUUCUGAUGAAGAGGAAUUUGGUGGCAUUUUUAAAAAACGUCAGAAAACUAAAGACGAACUGGAUAAAGAAGAAGAAGAUUAUCUGAAAUGGUUAGCUGGUAAACAAGAUACCAUUGGAGAAGACCUCAAGCAAAAACUAGAACCACUUAAAAGCUAUUGGAAUAGCGAUGAGUUGCCUCAAAGUGAGAAAUUCCUAAGAGAUUACAUUCUUAACAAAGGUUAUGCAAAAGCUACAAAUUACUCGGAGAUACCUACUUAUGAUGAGAUCGUGGGCACCAAUGUACCAUUAUCGGAUGACGAGAAGGAAUUGGAAAAACAGGCCGAAUUUGAGCAAAAGUAUAAUUUUCGUUUUGAAGAACCUGAUCAUGAAUUUAUUAAGAGAUAUCCUCGCACCAUAGAAUCGACGGUACGUCGUUCCGACGAAAAGCGCAAGCAAAAAAGAUUGGAAAUUAAGGAGCGUAAACAACAAGAGAAAGUACAAAAAAUGAAAGAACUAGAGAUGGUUAAGGAGAUGAAGCGCCAGGAAAUAAUGGAAAAAAUACGUAAAUUGAAACUCGUCACUGGCAAUGAUGAAUUGGGUUUUAAAGAAGAUGAAUUGGAAGAAGAAUUUGAUCCGGAAGCACAUGACAAGCGUAUGGAAGAAAUAUUUAACGAUGAUUACUAUCAAGUCGAUGAGGGUGAAGAAAAACCUCAAUGUCCCUCAGAUAUUGAGGAGCUUCAAUUAGAAGAUUGGGAUAAUUAUGACCCCACACAGGAUAACGGAGCAGACGAAUCUGAGUAUGAGCCUCAUUGCGAAGAUGACGACUUUAAUAUGGAUUGCGAUUAUGAUCCAGUUAAGGCUAAGGAGGAUUUACAAAAAGAGUUAAUUGAAAAUACAAAAAAGAGGAAAGGACGCAAAGGACGCCAUAAUCGCUUUAAGGAAAUUAUUAAAGCGGAGAAGCCAGUGUUUAAUCCAGAUGAUGAGAAAACCUAUGCUGAGUACAUAGAUGAGUACUAUAAACUGGAUUGUGAAGACAUUAUUGGUGACGUGCCAUGUCGAUUCAAGUAUACAGCAACUACACCAAAUGAUUUUGGUUUGACAAUAGAAGAGAUUUUAUUGGCAAAGAAUAAAGAGCUUAAUCAAUGGGCCAGUUUGAAGAAGGCCGUACAAAUACGUCCCGAACAACUGGAGAAGAAGGAACAGCGUCUUUACAAAAUGAAAGCGAAAAACAUGGAAUUGAAAAGAAAAAUUUUCAAAAGUUUAUAUGGAGAGGGAUCCGACGAAGAUGAGAAUUUAGAUGACAAAAACGAGACACUCGCGGAUUCAAAGACUACAAAGCCAAUUGCCGAAAAUAGUAAACAGGACGAAAUUAGUAAAAAAUCUAAAAAGAAAAGGAAACGAAAGAAUCGGGAAUCAUCAAGCAAAGCACAUGUAAAAGAUGAUGGGAAAAAUAGUUUAGAGCCGCCAACUGUUAAGAAACCAAAAUUGGAGGAGAGUGCGAUUGAAAAUGGAUCUGCAAUGCAAUAUAACGAUCAGCAAACGCAACAGCAACUUCCUAAUAAGAAAAGGAAAAAACACGAAAGUAAAAGUAUGCAAAGAGAUGAUAAAAAUGAAUUCAAUGAAACAAAAGGUUCAAGCAAGUCAAAUAAUAGCAGAAAUCCUUUCGCUCAGAGUAGUUUCAUGUCUAACGUAAAUGAUAAGAAAGUUACCAGGAAAGAACUAGGUCCAACGCCACUCCAUCGCCGCCAAGCCAAGAAGAAACAUGACUGGGAAAGUUCGUCUGAAAAUAAACUCAAAUCCAAGUUUGGCAAUAAAAACAACACCUUUACGAGUGGUAAAGCCGCUACAGAUGAAGACGGGAAACAAAUAAGCGAUGAACGUUUGAAAGCUUACGGUAUAAAUCCCAGAAAGUUCCACAAAAAGCAAAAAUACAGUAGUAAAAACUAACGGGGAUCGAUUACGUUUCCAAUUGUCAUUUAUUUUAUUCAUAUAAAUUGAAUUUGCAAUAAAAUGAUGUAAAUAAUUGUAAACGAUCUCUAAAAGGAUUUAUUUGCUAAAAAGCGUGCCUUUGAAAAUACACGCAGAUAAAAAAUUUGUUCACAUAGGCAUGACACUCCACUUUAAUGAAGUCUCUGCAUUUGUCAUUCCGCAAAU